CUCAUGUCGAAUAAGUCUGUCGUGCCUCUAUAUUGUGGAAUGAAAUAAAUCUGAUGGAGUUCUCAAAAUGUAGAGGAUCAUACAAGAAGCCUCAUGGUGUGGUUUCAACAAUAUAAACUUGUUGAUAGCAGAGAGGCUGCGCCAGUGGCGCGUUAUUACAUCUCGCGAGAACAAGACGAGCACAGCGCGAGAUCAAGUUGCUGACGGAGGAAAGGCAAGAAAAGGCAGAUCUUGACAUUGACAAACUAAAAAAAACCUGUUAAAAUGUCGGGGCGAUCCGUGCGAGCGGAGACGCGCAGCCGAGCCAAAGAUGAUAUUAAAAAAGUAAUGGCGGCUAUUGAAAGGGUUCGUCGGUGGGAAAAGAAGUGGGUUACAGUGGGCGACACAUCCCUACGGAUAUUCAAAUGGGUUCCUGUUACAGAGACUAAAAAGAUUUACAAGCCUAAAGGGACAGCAACAGCAGGGAGAGAACUGAAGGGUUUUCCUACAGAUGUGGUGUUGGAAAAUGCCCGUUCAGUGCUAUUGGAUUUUCAUGACGACAACAGUAACCAGAGUUUCCUGUCAGAUGCCUAUCAGUCUAACACAAAAGUGGACAGCAGUGGCAACUCAAGUCCACAGCACGUGAGUGAAGCUUUGAGCCCGUCCCAUGCGCCUUACUUCCGCACUGAGGAUUCCCAGCCUCCAACCCUUGGUCAAGAGACUAUGCAAGCUGAGAGAGAGACAUCCACGACUAGCAGUGAAGUGACAGAUGAGCCCCCGACUCUCAUUAAAGAAGAUGUGUUGUCUCUGUCUGCUCAGGAGGAGGAGGAGGAGGAGGUUGUUGGAGCUCCAUCACUUAAAAGAGCUUGCACUGAACAAAACUCAAGUUUGAGUUAAUCUCACUAUACUAAAAAUUUAAAUCACUGGUCAAAACUUUCAAUUACAGAGAUUAAACAUAUGAACAGACAUUUCUACAACUUGUCAAAAUACCUGAAAUGCUUUUGGGACACAGAUCCUGUUUUAUAAAUGUACCUUUUUGCAUUAUACGCAUGUGAUGCAUACAGAAUGUCAAAAUAUUCAAGAUUUAUUUUCACCGUAGCCUGUGUUUACAGUAUCUUCUAUAGUAUUUUAAAGUCUCUUUAGACUUUAUUUCAUUCAAAUAAUGUUAUGCAUCUUUUUACACGACAAGGUCGCAUUUUUGUAUUUUAAAUAUGAAGGCUAACACUCCACAGGCUGAGGUAUUAAAAAAAACGAAAAAGAUAAUAAACAAGAUUGCAUACGAUCGAAAUCAUGUUGCUAGUUAAAAUAUUUGUCCAGGCUUUCUUGUAUGAAAAAAUAAAAGCACUUUGAUUUAUUAUAUUUAUUGGUCAACUAUUAUAUUUUAGUAUAUUUUCAGUAUAGUAUAUUUUCAUGUGGUGUGUGUCAUUGAAUACCUGGAUUUUAGUUUUAUACAAAUGAAAAUUUAAUCUAAACUGUCUCUUUAUUUGGAACAGAACUGAAGUGUCUAUUGUCUUCAUUUAAAAUAAAUGCGGCUGCUUCCUUCAAUGAAUGAAUUCGACUUAAAGUCGAGUCUACAAAAUAUGCAUUUCUGAAAUUGACAAAACAAUAAAUUAAUGAAACAGUA